AAAUUAAAAUUUAAUGUAAGUCAGAGGUUAGGCCAUUUCAAUGAGUGGGUUCUACCAUAAUAAGUCACCCCAUCUUCUACACUUCUUUUGUGCCACUUCUCACACUCUCAAACUUCAACCCCCCACUCUCUCUCUACAUUUUAGAGAGAGAAAGAGAUCUACUAAAUAAUUUCACUAUAAAUUGGGAAGAUUUCCCAAAAAAGUAAAAAUAUACCCACAAAAAUAUACUUUAAGAAAACCAAGAAAUGGGAGAAAACAGAGCACUCUGUUUUUCAAGUUUAGUAGUGUUUCUUGUUCUUCUUGUAAAUGGCAUCAAUGGUGAAAACCCAUAUAGAAUGUAUGACUGGAAGGUUACUUAUGGCUAUGUUUAUCCCUUGGGUGUCAAACAACAAGUGAUUUUGAUCAAUGGACAGUUUCCAGGGCCACAAAUUGACUGUGUGACCAAUGACAACUUGAUUAUAAGUGUUCAUAAUUACUUGAAUGAACCAUUCCUUCUUUCAUGGAAUGGGUUGCAACAGAGGAGGAAUUCAUUUGAAGAUGGUAUGCCAGGGACAACUUGUCCAAUACCACCUAGAAGGAACUUCACAUACAUCCUCCAAGCCAAAGAUCAAAUUGGAAGCUUCUACUACUUCCCUUCUAUCGGUCUUCAUAAGGUUUCUGGUGGGUUUGGUGCCAUUAGAAUCUAUAGUCGCCCUCGAAUUCCAGUUCCUUUCCCUCCUCCUGCUGGAGACUUCACUGUUCUUGCAGGGGACUGGUACAAAAAAAGUCACAGGCAAUUGGGAAGGAUGUUAGCAAGGGGCCGCAACAUCCAUAUGCCUGAUGGUCUUCUUAUCAAUGGCCGAGGAUGGAAUGGUUAUACUUUCACAGUUGAGCAAGGGAGGACUUACCGGUUUAGGAUAUCGAAUGUUGGGACUGCAACAUCCAUCAACUUCAGAAUCGCAGGGCACAAGCUUAAGCUCAUAGAGGUUGAAGGGACACAUACAAUGCAGACAAGCUACACUUCCCUUGACAUUCACUUAGGACAGUCAUACUCGGUCCUAGUGAUAGCUGAUCAGCCUCCAGUUGAUUAUUAUGUUGUAGUCUCUUCGCGAUUCACUAAACCUGUUCUGACCACCACAGCCGUGCUUCACUACAGAAACUCUUGGAAGAAAGUCUCUGGCCCUCUCCCUCCCGGCCCCACCACGCAAAUUGGUUGGUCUCUCAACCAGGCCCAUUCUAUCAGGAUGAAUCUGAGUGCAAGUGGCCCUAGACCAAACCCACAGGGUUCCUACCAUUACGGUCUGAUCAAAUUACAACGAACAAUCGUGUUUGCAAACUCUGCAGCAUAUAUUAACCAAAGGCAGAGGUAUGCAAUCAACAGCGUAUCAUACGUGCAGGCAGAUACACCCCUAAAAUUAGCAGACUACUUCAACAUCCCUGGCGUGUACUCCCCUAAUAGCGUGCCUAGUUACCCUACAUGGCGCCCUGCAUACCUUAAGACCGGGGUGUUGCAGACAGAUUACAGGACGUUUAUUGAAAUUGUGUUCCAGAACGAGGAAGAUUCAGUUCAGUCUUACCACAUUGAUGGCUACGCUUUCUUUGUUGUCGGGAUGGAUGGGGGACAAUGGACUCCUAGGAGCAGAGCCAGCUAUAACUUGAGAGAUGCAGUUACUCGUUCCACGGUCCAGGUGUAUCCAAAGGCAUGGACCGCCAUAUACAUGUCAUUGGACAAUGUAGGAAUGUGGAACAUAAGAUCAGAGAAUUGGGUAAGGCAAUAUUUGGGACAACAACUCUACAUGAGGGUUUGGACUCCCUCUCGUUCGUGGAGAGACGAAUAUCCCAUUCCUAAGAAUGCACUCCUUUGUGGUAGAGCUAGAGGGCGUCAUACACGUCCUAUAUAAAUUUUUUUAUUUUAGGUAAGUCGAGUCCUAGCUCAACUUCCUACCUCAGGAAAGUGAGAGGGAGACUGAGAGACUAAGGGAGUCUAAUAGAGGGAACGAGGGUUCAAACCUACGAGCACUCUUGGAAAUCCGAGCAGUGUUCGAGUUGAGCCACACGCCCACACGACACACUCUUUCUAAAGUAAUACAAAGUAUUAAUGUAUGAUUUAUUUUAAAGAGUCACGAGAGGGUGACAUAGUUUAUUAAUUGUAUUCGAGCUUAUGUAACAAUAUUGCCAUGACGUUACAUGGCAUAGCGGCAAGAGCUUUGUUUUAGGGGGAGAAGAUUGAAUUAGUAGGUUGUGAAAUUAGGAAUUGUUGUAUCAUGCGUUAUCUCCCAAGUGUAUUGCAAAAAUGUAAUUCUAGUUCCAUUGUUUUAUUAGUUCAUUUUCGGGAAUAAAGUUGAAUUCAUUGAUCUGUAGGAA